AUGUUGAGGUUGCUCGCUGUGUUUGUGUCCACUGUCUUAACUGGCGUGUUUCCGGAUGAACAUAGUCAUGUGUAUGAUGUUGCAGAAGAAGUGGUUCUAUGGAUGAACACUAUUGGACCAUAUCAUAAUCGUCAAGAAACUUACGGAUACUUUACCUUGCCUUUUUGUCGUGGACCUAAAAUUUCAAUUGAACAUACCCAUGAAACUUUGGGUGAAGCUUUACAGGGGACAGAACUUCAAUAUAGCGGGAUAGAUAUUCGAUUUAAAAUUAACAAACCUAAAUCAACGAUGUGUGAAGUUGAUGUCAAUUCAGAUGCUUACAUAGCUUUUAGUAAAGCUGUUGAGCAACAAUAUUGGUAUCAAAUGUAUUUGGAUGAUCUACCGAUUUGGGCUGUUGUUGGGGAGGUAAGCAAAGACGGUCAUCCUAGUAUUUGGACUCAUAAAGAACUGGAAAUCGGAUAUAAUGAGAAUCAAAUAGUUUUUGUCAAUUUAAUCAAUGGUGACUUGACUCCUUUAAAACUGAACACCAAAAUUACAUUCUCGUAUAAGGUUAGAUGGGUUCCAUCAGAGAUAGACUUUGCUGAUCGAUUUGAUAAGUAUUUGGAUUACGAAUUCUUUGGACACAAGAUUCAUUGGUUUUCAAUCUUUAAUUCAUUUAUGAUGGUAUUGUUCCUUGUCGCAUUGGUCUGCAUGAUUUUAAUGCGAACAUUACGGCGUGAUUAUGCAAGAUAUAAUAAAGAAGAUGGUCUAAGCGAUUUGGAUCGUGAAUUAGGCGAUGAAUACGGUUGGAAACAGGUGCAUGGAGAUGUUUUCCGCUCACCGCCUCAUUCAUCUUUAUUAGCUAGUUUAGUUGGAACAGGGAUUCAUAUUGCCGUGGUCUCAUCCAUAGUAUUAUUUUUGGCACUAACUAAUAAAUUAUACACCGAACGUGGAAGCUUCAUUUCUACUGCCAUAUUUGUUUUCGCUUCUACUUCACCGGUAAAUGGAUUGGUUGGUGGCAGUCUAUAUGCACGCAUGUCUGGCAAACGCUGGAUUCGUCAAUUCCUUAUGGGUGCUACGUUAUUGCCUUUUCUAAUAUGUUGUUUCACUUUUCUGGUAGAUCUUGUUGCUAUAUACUACCGUACAAGUCGGUCUAUCCCAUUCUUCACAAUGCUCUCCAUCACUUCCAUUAUCUUAUUCGUAAUCAUUCCAUUAAAUUUAGUCGGUACUGUGUUAGGUCGUAAUUUAUUUGGUUUAGCGAAUUUUCCAUGUCGAGUGAAUCCUGUUCCUAAAGCAAUACCGGAAAAGAAAUGGUUUAUGGAACCGUCAUUUCUCAUUAUUGCAAGUGGACUAUUACCGUUUGGAUCAAUUUUUAUUGAACUAUAUUUUGUCUUCACAUCAUUUUGGGCGUAUAAAAUUUACUUUGUUUUUGGCUUCACUUUGCUUGUUUUAUUUCUUCUAAUUGCUGUGACAACAUCUGUUACUGUUGUGGGCACCUAUUUCUUGUUGAAUUCUGAGGAUUAUCGUUGGCAAUGGACAAGUUUUCUUUCUGGUGCAUCGAUCACGUUUUAUGCAUAUUUAUAUUCGAUUUACUACUACUUCUUCAAAACCAAGAUGUUUGGUCUAUUUCAAACUACUUUCUAUUUCGGUUAUAUGGCAUUGUUUUGCCUAUGUAUAGGGUUACUUUGUGGUUCAGUUGGAUACAUUGCUGCUAAUAGAUUCGUUCGUAAAAUAUACUCGGUUGUCAAGGUGGAUUGAAAUGCUUAAUCAUGACCAGAUAUUGUUCCCCUCUGUUUUUGUAUGAAAUUCUUAAGCUGUGAUUAUUGUUAACGUUUUUUCCUCUUCCUCACCUUCUGUACUCUGUGUAUGUUUUUUCCACUAUUCUAUGUGACUUCGAUUUUGGUGUAAGUUGUUUGGGGAUUUUUUAUCUAUGGUCAGUAUUUUAUUUCUUAAAUUAGCUUUGUUCAUAUAAGCACACGUCAACACUUCAUUUGUGUUUGAGGAAUUCAGUUUUUAUUCUUACAUUACCAUUAAUUAUAAUUACGUUUCGUUAUAGUUUUUGAUUUUUUUUCUCUUCACUCAUAGUUUUAUCUGUUUCUAGGUUGCUUCCUGUCAAAUGUAGCGAACUGUACUUUGUUACCCAUUGUGAACAGUGACAUGAUAUAAAGAGUAAUUUGUAUCCAUCCUUUUAUUGUCACAUAGUAUGUUUAUCUUGAUAAAUAGCUUCACAUGUGAGUGAUAUUCUAAAAUGAUUAGAAGUAGUCGAAUUGAUGUGCUGACUAAGAAUUCCCCAAAUAGCCCAAUCUAUGACAAGUUAAGAUAGAUCAGCACAAUUGAACGUGAUAUAUUUGGAAUUGGUAAUAAGUCUGGAGUCAAGUACAAAGAAGUCAUCAGUUAGUACAAAUACCACGUGUUCUUGAAUGAUAGUGUCUUGCUUAACAGUGCCAUUCAUGUCUCGGAAUGAAGAUAGCUGCAUCUCAAAGACGUCUGCAUUGUUGCUUAGGGUGGUCAAAAGACUAGUUUGUUAGCGUCUUCAUCAAACGGAACUACAUCAUCUGGUAGGAGUUCUAUCCCUGAAAAGCCAGACGAUGGAAGUGUUAUUUUCAAAGGCAUGUCUUUGACGAAAUGGGUAAAUCGGGCAACCCUGACGAACACCACUUGCAGUAACCGAUUCCGACGAAAGUUCUCCACAAACUCCGACUCAAUCAAUACUGUCCGAGUAGGGCUUCUAAAGGGUUAGUGUAUUUUCUUGGUACGACUUUUAAUGACAGACUGCCACAAGACCUCACGAUCAACGGGGUCGAACGUCGACUCAAGGUCAUAGGACACGCCUGUGGUCGGGCAUCGGGAUGAUAUGUCCGUGUUCCACGACCAGACGGACUUUGAGUAUUUAGUCUACACAUCCAGGUCUGAAACCACCCAUGUUUUCUCAGAUUUGCUCUUCAUGAGCUCUGGUUAGGCAUCGAAGUACUAUCGGGGAUUAUGUUUCAGACUCUAUACUAGUCAAACUAAUUCCUCUGUGAUUGUCACAAGAGGUAUCUCAAUUCCGCUACUGCGGUCGAAAUUGUAAUUGUCCACCUUAACUCCAAAAUACUGUAUAGUCGUCAGGUUCUAACGUGAUUUGUGUAUUACGUAUAUCUCAGAUGUUAAUAUUUGUGGGAGUCAGUGUGUUCAGAAAGUGUGAUCUAAAUCAAUGGUUUUUGAUGACGGAUUUCAGUGAUGUGCAGAUAUUUCAAUUAAGACUAACCAAGAAUUCGGAGGCUCAAUAGUUAACGAUUUCGUUCAGAACCUUAGAUGUUAUUUGACCACCACAGUUUGCCGCGUUUAACACACUUGAAACAUCCAGACUAAAACAAUAAUACCACCCUCAUAUUACCAGCCAGGAUGUAUGGACUAUUAAUGACUUAAAAUUUUAAUGGAAUAUGAUUCUGUCUGGAUUUAUUGACUUUGCACAAGAAUAAAUUUCCCGCGACUCGGUACACAUGCUUGUCAGGUAUGAGAUCAUAAGUAAGAACUAACCACUCAUCGGUUUGCCGUUUUCUUGACGGCUGUGACUAUUAAGUGAGUAGUAAUCUAGUUUAUAAAUUAUCACGGCUCAGUCCGUCUAUCAAUUAAGGGACGAGUAUACUGCGCGACCGUUCGUUCUGUUUUACUUUACGGCUGCGAAAGGUGGCCUUUAAGGGUAGAAGAUAUUCGUAAGCUACUAGUAUUUGACCACGGAUGCCUUGGGAACAUUUCUCGCACCUUUAAUUAUCGGGUGAGUAAUAGUGAGGUUAGCUGCAGGGUAUUGGGGAAUGAUGUCUGGGCCACGGGUUGCGUAGGCCUGAACACCAAUUACCAUGACGCUCAAUGCUGACUAGUGUUGGUGAUGGUUGAAAAGAAGUUAGGGGCAGCCAAACCCAAACGCGGCAUCAGUGCUUGAAGUCACUAACUCCUAGUCUUAGUCAUGUUGGUAAGUGCAAACUACUCGGUUGGGGUCUGCGUGACUAUCGCAACCAAUGGUUGGAGAUUGGGUGACAUGGCUCAGAAUCGAUAACAAUGGGGUAGUUGUAUACACUUUCUGUCUCCCCUUAAACUAUGAGAACAAAAUUGUUUUAUGUCUUUCAUCCUGUAAUAUAUCCUUAUAUUCAAUCCUUUUAUAUAUUACCACGAUUGAAUUAACCACUAUGAAUUCGGUGUUCAUCUUGUUGUGCUAAUGAGGUAUGACAACUUGGACUGUUGCAUAUAUGUGCCUGGUCCUACUUUGUAGCUGACUGCUCAGUGCUCACUCGAUGUAAUCGAUCAACAAAUCUUGUUCAUGUCCCUUGAAUGUUCCCACUUUGUAUGAAUCGCCAACCAAUAGCUUACCCUGUUGGGUUUGAAAAGCAUUUCUAUAGUUAGUAAAGUGAAGCUGAAGAUGUUUUCUUGGUUGCCAUCCAAACUUUCGUCAAAUAUAGGUCAUAGUAAGUUAGUGAUUCAGUUGUAAAGUCAAAUGGGUGGCCUAAACGUCAUUACAAUAUAAGUGAUUUAAACUGAUUGCGCAUAUCUUUUUUAGAUAAUUUGAAACUGGAUUCAUUUUAUAAGUUAUCAUGUGACCACCCACUGUUUUUACUGUCCUCUAGAGGCGAAUAGCCUGAAUACUUGUAUUUCCCCCAUUAAGUGACUUAUUGAAAAUAAAAGAAACAUUAUUUUUAUUACAACUGGAGAUUCGAUUCUUUAAUAUGAAACAGGUUAGUGACGGAGUCACAAGGAAAUAUAUGUAAUAACGAGCCUGUUGCGACUGAUACACAGAUAAACUAUAAUGGGCCUUUGAGUACGCCUCAAUUUAUAAAUCUAAUGAAUUUCCCAAGGUUCCACUUCACCAGUGGCCACGAGAGAACUGCUUUUCAAUUAAUAAUUUACAGCUUAGUGUCUAUAAUAAACAACAUUGUUACUGCUAAUUGCUGCUCCUCUUGAAGUGUAAGCUUGGACUCAACAAAUGUAAUUUAGAAUAUUAAAGAUUUACAUUGUGAAAAUUAGGACAACACAUAUAAGCGAACAAUUGUUUUCAAUUAGAUUGUCAUCAGGCUUUAGUUUAUUUUCCAGGCUGAAGGUACAUUGUGAAGGGAGUUUGGAAAGUUUUGUUAGAGAAUUCUGUAGGGAAGGAAGCAGUCUUUGAGAAUCUGUGCUGACACGGGCGUACAACUGAGAAUCGAAACUGGUUAGGGGGAUAAUAUUUUGAAUAACAAAACAUUUUGAGAUUGAAGGUCUCAUUAUAUCGUCUACGUGUUUGUGCAGGACUGUGGGAAGCGUCAGCACAUGAGUAGACGUGAGCCGUUGAGUUUAGGUCUGAAUGACUUCCAUUAUCAGUAACUUAGCAUUUUGAAACAUCAGCUGGAAAACAGGAACUCUGACUCAUCUUUCCUCACUAUUAUUAUUAUUUUCUAGAGGAUCUAGCGUUUCAGCAGUUAGACAAGAAUUCGAAAAAUAUGCAUGGCCAGAAGUCGUAACAUCUUUGGAGUCAGAUUUUUACUAUGAUCUGGGAUGGGGUAUAUGCUUUCCCUCUCGAAAUGCUCUCAUAGAGCCACAUAUAUAUGGCAUAAGCUAGAGGAUUCUCAUUGUCUUCUCCCGGUUGUGGUGUUGUUUGCCAAAGUGAGCGGAUAAGGAGUAAACGUUCAGACUUUUACCUGGACUGGUACGAACGAUCAGUCUAUGGGGUUAGGAGGUCCUAUUUACGAAACAGUCGUGCAUAUAAUCGGACUGUUUAAGAACCUAUUUUGGCUAUCAGCUAUCAAGGGAAUGAAUCCCCUUGAUAUUGCGCCUCUGUCUGAGGAUUAAAUUUUAAUCGAUGGACCACGUGGCACACAAUCAUCCUAGUCCACACAAUGAAUCUACUAUUCGCACAUACGAUAUUCACAAAUAUUUCGUUAUGGUCGUUUAUGAUUCACAUUUAGCUACUUAAUACUUUUUUAUUCCCAUUUUGUGUACGUUCUCCCAAUUUACCCUGAGGCUUAUGGAUUAUGGAAGUUUCGUCCUGUCUAACUGAUCUUAGGUCAUCGACUGUGGGGCAGUUGCUAUUGUUAUAUCCUAGGGGAGAUUAAAUUACAGGUAACUUCCGAGGACUAUUAAUGAGCUAAUAUUCUUUAAAUAUUCUUAUUGCAUAAUUAUUCAAUAGUUAGAUUAUGUAUAUUUAUAUCCCUCUUAUUAUAAGCUUUAUUAUGACCUAUAAUUUAUUAUUAUACGAUUUACUGUCCCUAAAUUAUGCUCAGUUUAUUAACUACUGCCUCCCACGUUCACGGCCACUUUUUGGCUUUAUUGCGCACAAAUGUUAUUUCCUAUUUUAUGGUGCAUUGCGGUCUGUUUGUUUGUUAUAUAAACACAUUAUGUUUGAAAUAUAUGAUUCGCAUAGUGGAAGCUGGUAUUGUUGUUCUGGACUCAAGUGGACGGGCUAGGCGAACAUAGGACCAAUUUGGACGCUAGGCUGCUCAUACCGGUCAAACGUCAUUGGUUAGGCAGUGCUGAAAUUGUAU